CUUUAGUUCCGCCAUAGAAGUCCUUUUACGAAUCAACAAAUUUUCAGACAAAAUGACUGGUUCAGUUGAAGAUAGUACACAUUUGAACGACAAUAUAAACGUGGAAUUUGCGACUCCUGAAAAGCAAGAAGCACGUGCAUUUUUGCGUGAACGAUUUCUUCGUGUAAUUACUGGAAUUGUUGGUAAACAAGCAGAGUUUUAUCUGUAUGAAAAUACACGGGUUUCUGCUCAAUUUAGAGGUUGUGAUGUGGAUUGUUUAGAAGUGUAUGUACGAAACUUGGAAACACCAUUAGGCAUAAUUCCAGAAGCUGUUUUAAGAGCAAGUGACAUUAUUUAUCUAAAUAUCCAUGAUAUUAAUAAAAAAUAGUAAAGCUUCAAAAUACAA